AUGAUAUUUAAAAAUAUCGUAAUAUAUAUUACUGGGAUUAAUUCUGUUAAAAAUAAAUUCACUAAAUAAAAAUGUCUUCUUAUGAAAGCACGAAGCGUAACAGCACUGUACCUCCACGAUGUUACCAUUGCAAACCUCCACCAUUUUAUUGCCCGGAAUAUGGUUGUCCACCCCCGCAACAAUAUCCUCUGAAAUAUUGUUGUCCUCCUCCAUGUCCACCCUUCAUAUGUAGACCACGUCCAGAACCUCCACCGAAACCACCAACCCUGUACAUAGUAAAUUGUUUACCACCUCCUGAUCCACCGGCUCCUAAAUGUAUAUCACCAAAAUUAAUUCCACCACCAUCAUGUGUGCGUUAUUGUAUCACUGAUAUAUGUGGAAAAUCGUACUAUUGUCCUCGCUACUUUUCUGAUCCUCAGUGUAUAAAAUGUUGUUGACUACUGAGAAGACUAAAAAUUAUAUUCUAUUUUGUACUUUUAAUUAUUACUAUAUAUAAAUUAUGAAAAAAAAUUGGGAUUAUUAUAAUGAUCUUUGAUGUUGUAUAAAAUACAAUGGGAUUAAAAGUGAUUAACAAAGAUAAUUGUUUAUAAAAAUUUAUUUAUUUUUUUAAAUUACAUUCUUUGUUAUAAAUUUUCAAACGAAUUUAAUUAAUAUGUAAUACUAAAAAUGAAAGAUGCAAAUGAUAAUAUUUUAUAACCAAACUUGCGUUAAAUGUCAGUCAUAAGAAACAGUAACAAAACAAGUAUCACUUUUAAAGAAAUUCGUUCAUAUAUAACUUAAAGGCAUAGAAAGCAUAUA